GGUUGAAUGAAUAUUGUAGCACACGACCUUUCCCGAGUCGCGCUGUUACAUAGGUCUCAGCGUCCGAGUCAAGCGAGAUUAACAAACCAGAUGUGGCCCUGGCCCGUCGCUAUAGAUAGUGAUAUAGACUAUAGCCGUUGUUUACCUGUUGUGGUGGGAGGUAAAGUCAUGUGAGGAAAUGAACACAAGCGAGUUGUAGUUAGAGAGAUACUUAUUGAGUCUGACAGUGCCAUUACGCUUAUGAUUUGGCGCAUACAAUCAGGUGUUCGGGACCGGAUGCAGUUAAGUAGUCAGUUCGGAUUAUAGAGGGUUCAAUGUACAUAGCAAUACCUGUAUGCCUUGACGCAGAAUGUAUCACGAUUUGUGUCCGUGUUAAUUGACCAGACAUAGAUCGCUGGCCGUUCAUUCAGCUGGUUAGCCGAGCCGUGUCCUAGGCCCAACGAUCGUCUGCUUCUGUCGACUGCAGUGAGAGUCGUCUGCUCGGGAACACAGGAAGUGCCAAGCUACCAUAUUUAGAGGGUUGUGCCUGCAGCUGUGUGGGGAGAGAGUGUUGCACCUCAACGUCGCGCGGUGUAUUAACUGGGUCGGAUCUAGAAAGACGGCUAGUUAGAUUGAACACACAGCCCACGUUCUGGCCCUACAUCCUUUUCGCUCAAUUUCCCCACAUUCAAAGACGGAGGCGCAGAGAGUCGGUAGAUUCCUGCCAGGCUAUAUUUAGACCCGGCACACGGAGCGUGCGCCGACUGGUGCUGGUCUAGUUGGAGUUGUGAGCGAGGGAGUGGACGGGAGUUUUGACAAUAAUUCCCCCAUAUGGAGAGAAGGACUUAGCAAGGGUUAAUCCCAUCACAGGUUGGGCAGAGUGCUGUUGCAAAAUGUCGGAUUAGGAUUAAGCCGGAACCUUGAUUGAGCUCGAGAGACGGAAACAUACUCAAACUGAGAUCGUUGCUCCGGACUUUGGAAGUUGCCUCAUCACUUGUUUACCUUUGUCUGAGUAGCCUGGGUCUUAUAGGAACGAGUGAUAUGAUGGAAUCUGGAUACCGAGUGACCAGUUGUCUCACAAGGAGCCGGUGUGUCCGAUGCAGCAAUAUGGACGAAUGUUGUAAACGUGCUGCAUCGUGCUGUAUUCGGUCAGAACAGCCAAGGUGUAAUUCCCCACUCUCGUCCGUCGACAAACUCUCCCUACCUGCAAUGUCUUUCAUCUUGCUAAAGUUAUGUAUAUUAGUGGUUUUGUUUGGAUACUCGAAUGCCAUAUCUAACACAGAGAGACACAACAAGGAAAUGAGAAGUAAAGCUGUGGAAUACCUCGCAAAGUUCAAGUACCUGUCAGGUCCAAGCCAGGAGACGGGGAACCUCAUGUCCCAGAAAGACAUGACAAGGGCCAUCAAGAAUUUCCAGAGAGUCGGACAGAUACCAGAGACAGGCAUAGUGGAUCAGAGGACGAUCGAGUUGAUGCAGAAACCCAGAUGCGGGAACAGCGACGAGAAUAUCUUCGAUGCAGUACGUCGACGGAGGAAGAGAUAUUUGUUGGCGCCGACAAAGUGGGAAAAGAAAAACCUCACAUUUAAGAUGAUCAACUACACGCCUGACAUGCGACCGGAGCAGGUUCAGACAGUCAUCCACAGCGCCUUCAAGGUGUGGAGUGAGGCCACUCUCCUCACGUUCACCGAGGUGAUGCACGGGGAUGCUGACAUCAUGAUCCAGUUUGCCAGCAGAUACCACCAGGACGGAUACCCAUUUGAUGGAAAAGGUAUGAUCCUGGCUCAUGCAUUUUUCCCUGGAGACGGCAAGGGAGGUGACACACACUUCGACGACGAUGAACAUUGGACGUAUAACUCCUCUGAUGGUGUGGAUCUCUUCAUGGUAGCAGCCCACGAGUUCGGUCACGCCCUUGGAUUGGCCCACAGCACAGAGCCCGGGGCACUCAUGUACCCAUGGUAUCAGGGUUUCCAGAAGACGUUUGCACUACCUCAUGAUGACAUCAGGGGCAUCCAGAAACUAUACGGGUUCAAAAUUAUGGAACUACCACAGAAGCCUACAGUGAAGGUGGUCACAAACGCCACAGUGACCAAGAGCAAGGAACCGGAUGAAGAGACACCGAGGGUGGACAUUGACACAUCUAAGCCAGCUGACCCAUGUGUCCACUCGUUCGACGCCAUCACUGUCAUUAGGCAGGAGGUCUGCCUCUUCAUCGGGAAGUUUUUCUGGCGCUUGGAUUCGCGUCAUAUACUACGGGACCCUGUCCACAUACACAAGUUCUGGUACGGGCUUCCAGUGUCAGUAGAUCACAUAGAUGCAUUGUACGAAAGACCAACCGACGGAAAAAUAGUCUUCUUCUCAGGUGACAAACACUGGGUGUUCAACGCCAACUAUCUUGAGGCGGGCUACCCGAAGGAAGGCCGCCCGAUCACGGAGCUGGGUAUUCCCCCUGAUGUGAAGAAGAUAGACACGGUGUUUGUGUGGGGGUUCAAUAAACGCACAUACCUGGUGAGCGGCGACAUGUACUGGAAACUAGACGAGAACAACACCUACGUGGAGUACGACUACCCCCGCGACAUGAGCAUCUGGCGCGGAAUACCCAUCCCCAUCGACGCUGCCUUCCAGUACUGGGACAAAAAGACGUAUUUCUUCCAAGGCCAGAAUUACUAUGAGUUCUAUGACUUGAAGAUGCGUGGUCGACGAGGCUAUCCUAAAUCCAUAGCUAAAGACUGGCUCAAAUGCUCAGGAGCGCAAAUUCAAUAUACGUUACCGAACAGAUUCCAAGGCGCAGCACCAUCUAUAUCCGGUCACGUGAUCCUCAUACUUUCAUGUUUAUAUUUCUUAUAUCAUCAGUCACAUUAGUGGCGAGCAGUUGUGCGCCUUGUCGGUUGUAAUUGUAUGUUAGUUCACACGUCGCCUUUAGAUCAUAGCACCUCAAAUUAGCCUUUCGUUAUAUUUGCUGUCACCAAGGAAGUAUUUUGGCCAUAUUGUGAUUUGUCAUUAAAUAUACAGUAUUAUAAUGUUUGGCCAGAAGAUCUUCACUUGUUGGAUCCUUUGUGUUAUUCAAAGAUGGAUGCAUAUUUUAUUGGCUCUUAAGAGCCAGACUAAGAAAAUACUCAUGUUGAUUUGAUUCUUGAUAAGAUAAUGUAAGUAAUGGUCAUAUUUAUUUAUUUCAUUUUUGUACAUAAUGUUCCGAAAUAUUCUUUUGUUUGUUGUACUCGUUGUAAUCAUUUCGGAUUUCUAGGGUAUUGAGAUGGUCUGUGUGCAUCCACAAUACCUCUCGGAGUAGAGAGAAUAGAGUUUAUAUAAUGUUAUUGGAUGCACACUGUUUCUAAUUCUCUAACUGUGCAGUAAAUAUUUGUACAUCUGCGGCAUUAAAAAAAACAAGAAUAAUGAAAUAUAACUUCAGGAUUUUUUUUUAAUUUUGAAAAAAUAAAAGAUGAAAGUGAAGCUGCCAAGCUUACCGCUAGAUGAUUUUAAUAAUUUUUAAAAACAUGGUAAACAAGUCAAGGAUGACAAAUAUGUAAAAAACAUUCUCUGUGAGUUCUGUUGUCCCGUGUCCAUCUGUGUGUCUACUGUAAGACGUUGGCAACUUUGGAGACGUUGCCGAAACGUCAUGGCGACUACACCGACCAAACGGAGAAAUAAGGCCAAUCAAUGAGGCACACACCUCUUUGUCGUCAGGCUAAUUUAUUCUCAUUUCCAUCCAACAUGUUAUUCAAGAUCAUCUGAAAUGGCUCAAUCGCAUCCUGCCAGGAACAAUAAACACAGGGGGAAUAUCAGGAGACAAAGGCGAUUAUUUUAGUUACAAAUAUGUCCGCCUUUUCUUGCCAUGUACCGUCAUCGCCACAGCUACAGUAUAAUCGUGUAUGUAAUUAAUGAUAGACAUUAGGUUGUGUUUCGUUUAGCAAUGGUGCCAGCUUGACCAUAUCUACUUCAUACAUCUUUGCUUAGUAUCUAUCGUUAUAACAUUAUUUCUGCAUGCGUAUUGCAAUACUCAAUCUGGUCUUAUGUGAUAUUCCAAGUGUGGAUGCUUGUUUGUGGAGUAAUGAUGUUAUUAUAAUUGGUAAAUACUAUUAAUGUUAUUUCGUGACACUGACUUUUUUAUAUGGCCAAAUAUUAGUAAUAUGCGCAUUAUAGAAAACUAGAAGGUCUCUAGCUGUCUUUGUAAAUUCACAACUGCCCGUACAAGUCAGUUUGUAGGAAUAUCGCUAUUUCGUUUUUGCUCAAUUAUGUUCUUUCUAGUCUCCCGUAGACUGUGGUAACCUGGGCAAUACUCAUCGUAUGUGUGUGUUGCAUUGUCCAAUAUACGGUAAUCUUUAUGUGCCAAAAUUGUAGAACGGAUGCAUGUUUUGUAAAGGUAAACAAAUAAUAACAACUGAAUUUCAAAGAGGAUUGCUUAUGGUAAUCCAGGUGAUGGACUUCGUUCUACAAUUUUAAAAACUAUAAAGAAUCCCAGCAAAUGUGUACUUGUAGAUUUUUUGUGUAUUUGUCCCCACUGCCCUCCCGUAUAACUCUGGUGCUGAUGUUUGCGAUUUCAGUAGCUAGCUUGCUCUCCAUAGAUGCAAUACUCUCAUAGUGUAAAACUGUUACACAAUAAUACACAGUAUAUUUUGUGAAGAGACGGUUUAAGGGUAUGUCUAUAUUUUGCGUUUGAGAUGGUGAUUAUACGGGCUGUGCGAUUAUGUUUGAUUUAAAAUUCGCUGGGAUGUUGAUAAUAUUAAUAGCGAAAUAUGAUUAUACAUUGGGCUUGAGAGGAAUAAUCCAACGGCCUGAUCGAGCUUUAAGUGUCCUUUGGACUUGUGUGGGUUUUAUUGGAAAUGGUGCUGUUCGGAGAUGAGACGUUUGUUAUCGCAGACGUUACGAUUUUAAUAAAGGAUGGUGGUCUUGGUGGGAAUAUCGUGUUUUGUUUAAAGUUACAUUGAAGUGAAGGUAGAAACUGGGCAUUUUGGUGAUAGAUUCCUUUCUAUCUCGUAUGUUUUAUUGACGAUGGUUCUAAAACGAACGACUGAAGAAUAUGAUCUAAGUUAUUAUUAUCAUUCUGAAGACGAUAAUUCCCCAUUUCCAUAUAUUCAGUCUGCAACGUCAUUUAUGACGUAUUGUACAUAUUCAUCACAAUCAUAAUGACGUUUGAGUACGUCAGCAUCUUUUCACGUCUGUCACGUUAAUACAUGUAUUCACAUUUUCACCGUGUUGCUUAAGAAUGUGUACACUGUCCAUAUUUUCUGUAGUACUCUCCGAACCCAGUCUGUGAUUACACAUGCGUACAUAUACGUUAUGAUAAAUAUAACCUGACCAAGGUGUAGCUUAUUUUAGGAUGUCUCCGAACUGUUCCGGUGCAAGCUAUAAAUGAAGCAUCACUUAUUGGUUUUAGUAUGAAUGUAUCUUUCACAUGUAGUGCCACAGUGCUGAUGAGAUUAUCAUUUAUAUAUUAUAUAUACAAGAUAUAUAAGUUUUGAUGUAGACCCGCCUAGCGAUUCGUAUAAUGUGCUUUCAUUUCCCCACAAAACCGUCCUUCGUAGCCGACACAACGCUCAUACUAGUACAUAGACUUAGAACUGUAGACACUGGAACCCUGUUUCAUCCGGAUAUUGAUAAACUGUCAAUUCCACACACGGACGAUACCUAUGAGGAAUAUCUAUGUCCAAAUGGACACCACUCACCCGUUAGGGACCGACUAUUUCAAUUCUUAAGUGGGUUUUGGGGAUUUUAUGGAGAGAAGAAAUGUCACCGAAGGUUCUUUAAAAAAUAAGCUUCAGGCUGUUAAUUUUGAAAUUUAAAAAGAAUUGCCUGCCACAAGAAUGACAUUGUUGAAAGGUGGUUUUCAGUCUACAAAGUUUUAUUUUUUAAAAAUCUGUUUUUGUACGCUGUAGCUGAAAUAAUAUUUCGAUAGAAAAUCAUCCCCAAUCCACCCCGACCCACCAAAAGGUCGGUCCCUUAAUGAGUCACCCAUUAGCACGGAAGACGUUUCAGUGGUAAGUGUACUGUCUGGAUUAGAGGGGUCCCACUGUAUGCAACCGGUUCCAUGUAAGCUCCCGCGGUGUUAGACUUGGUGACGAUAUAAUGGUGCUUUUUGUUGAGGAUGUCACACACAGUGGUGUGAGUGUUUGCUAUAUUUAUCAAGACACAAUGUUAAUAGUGUGUUACUGCAACACAUGUGCGAGUACGGUAACCAAUAUAGUGUUAGACGUUCCUUUAGUUAGUGACUGAAACGAUAUUGUUGAAGAGCAAGAACCAAUUCCUGAGUAAGUCUGUCUGAGUUCUGGGUGGGAAAUCCAGGAGCGGCCUGAAGCAUUCCACAGUAGUAGAGGCCAUUCUUUUACACUAUAAUAUUACUACUGCCGCGCUCCUUCUAAUGUAACUGUGCACUUGAUGUACGAUGUAUUCAUUAAUUGGAUUACGUCAUAUCUAGUGAGUGUAGAGCGCAGUAAGGGGUCAUUAGCUCUUCGAUUGUAAUCUUAAGGAGUAAGCGUAUAUACUGAUGGAUUAAAAUAAAGGAACGCUUAACAGCAUGGAAAGAGAACCUCCACUGUUGUAUACAAUAUCAAUAAUACAAAUGAACCAGAUUAGAUUUGUUUUCCCUGGUGUGUUGUUGGACAAUGUUUGGGACGUGCGAAUAUGUAAAACCAUGUUCUUCUUUACAUCCGUUCCAUUAUUUUUUGUCAACAGUAUACAUGAAUAAUACUUAUAUUAAGUAAUAAGGUUUUUCGCGAUUUGUUUUAUAUAACUGAAUCGAUCAAGUGCGGUACGUUGACGCUUGCUAUGGCACAUGCGUGUGACAGUAUGUAGAUAUGAAAACUUCCCGACUGUGAGUGAAAAGUAACUAUUUUUGUUUCUUGUAAAGCCUAAGUAAGUCUUGGUUACGCUGUCUUGGAAUGUAUUUGUAUCAUGUCAUGAGGAUGCACCCUAAGAAGCACGGUUAUCUCCCCUUGAGGGCGAGUUAGCAUUGUGCUGUCGUGUCUACACUCGCUGUUUGAUGAUGUAUUUUGAGCUUGCUUGGAACUAUGUUCAGAAAGCCACAUCUCUGCAAAUAAAGUUUAGUCAAACUUA